AUGAGUGAACAAAGACAGCGAGCCCUGUCCACAUCAGGCGAGGCUCUGUACCAGGUGCUUGGCCUUGACAAGAACUGCACCCAUGAUGACAUCAAGAAAUCCUACAGAAAGCUCGCUUUGAAACAUCACCCAGACAAGAACCCGGAGAACCCUGAUGCUGCUGAGAAGUUCAAGGAGCUGAACAAUGCUCACUCCGUGCUCUCGGAUGUCACAAAACGAAACAUUUACGACAAAUAUGGCUCGCUGGGGCUCUACGUGGCCCAGCAGUUUGGAGAGGAGAACGUGACCACUUAUUUUAUGCUAUCCAGUUGGUGGGCCAAGGGUCUGUUUGCCAUCUGCGGCUUGCUGACAGGCUGCUAUUUUUGCUGCUGUCUGUGUUGCUGCUUCAACUGCUGCUGUGGGAAGUGUAAGCCUCGCACUCCGGGAGAGGAAGACCCCGAGAGCUACGUGUCUCCAGAAGACCUGGAAGAGCAGAUCCGUACUGACUCAGAAAGGGGUGAGUAUGGUGACACUCCUGUAAUGCAUCAGCCAACUAACGCAAGCGAGAAGACCCAGCUGAUCGGGGACGGACACCGGACGUACACCUGAGAGAGGGAGAAAGAGAGUGUUUCAGCGCCUACUGAUAUGCUUCUGCUUUAAAUAACUUUUAAAAAUAUCACACAUCUCAUAAGGUUAACGCUG